GGGAUGGCGGAGAAGAGCCCUGACCCCAGCGGCUCUGUUGUGCGGAGGAGUUCCGCCCUUUCUCAAGGAGAGAGAAUGCAGGCUUCUGGAACUGGGUCGUCGAAAUGGGUUCGCUUGAACGUUGGUGGCACAUACUUUCUUACUACGAGGCAAACGCUCUGUAGAGACCCCAAAUCCUUCCUUUACCGACUGUGCCAGGCCGACCCCGACCUCGACUCUGAUAAGGAUGAAACAGGUGCCUAUUUAAUAGAUCGGGACCCAACCUACUUUGGUCCUGUCCUUAACUAUCUGAGACAUGGGAAGCUAGUGCUCAACAGAGGCCUAGCAGAGGAAGGUGUUUUGGAAGAGGCCGAAUUCUACAAUAUCACUUCGUUAAUAAAGCUCGUUAAAGACAAAAUCAGGGAGAGGGACUGCAAAACAGCUCAGCUCCCGGUCAAGCAUGUCUAUAGAGUCCUGCAGUGCCAAGAAGAAGAGCUCACUCAGAUGGUCUCCACCAUGUCAGAUGGGUGGAAGUUUGAACAGUUGGUCAGUAUCGGCUCCUCAUACAACUACGGAAAUGAAGACCAGGCUGAGUUUCUCUGCGUUGUCUCAAAGGAGCUGCACAAUCAGUCGUACGGCACAAGCAGCGAACCCAGCGAAAAGGCCAAGAUUCUUCAAGAACAAGGCUCGCGAAUGUGAACCAGCUCUGUGUCUGAGGGUUCAGUCCUGACGUGCUAAAAGACAUGGUCCAUAUCACACAGUGAGAAAAUACUGGCGAGAGGGAAGAAAACCCAUGGAGCGAACAUUCAGUUUUUCUUUUCUUUUAGAGUAAUUGACACUUGUUUGUGCCUGCACAGUGAAACUGGACUGUAGUUUGUUUGUUUGUUUUUUUUGUACAUGUAAAUGGAAAGAACAGUAAGAUCUUUCUUGGCUUUUUGAAAGGCAGGAAUAUGCAUGUAAUUUGUUGUAAGCUGAGCAAAAAGGGCCACCUUUGGGUGCGGCCCAUCAUUUUUCUCAGGGUCUCAUCCAGUUUCUAAAGAUAUUUUAAUCAUGAAACUGAUGGUCCAAUUAGCAAUUUUGUCAAAAAUAUCUUUAAAUGUGUAUAUUAUGCCAUACAAAAGUCAAACCUCAGUGGUCAAAACCAUUAAUUAAGGAGGAUAAUGGAACAAA